AGCACGGCACUGGUACGGGAGCGGGUGCGAGCGCUACCCAACGUCGCUCACGUCACGGCCAUCCAUUAGGCCCCCUGGGGAGGGGCCGGAGCAACGAGCGGUGGAGCGGCGGAAAAGGCCAGUUGCUGAGAAAAAAGAUGGCUGCUUCUUCAUCCUCCUCCUCAGCUGGAGGGGUCAGUGGAAGUUCUGUAACUGGAUCUGGCUUUAGUGUCUCAGACCUUGCCCCACCACGGAAAGCCCUUUUCACCUACCCCAAAGGAGCUGGAGAAAUGCUAGAAGACCUCCUUGUGACCAACAGCAGACAUUUGCAAAACAGCUGGCCAAGGUUAGGGAUGCAGUCUGUGGCCAUGGAAAAGAGCAAAGAUGGCUCAGAGAGAUUCCUUUGUGAGUCUGUUUUCAGCUAUCAAGUGGCAUCUACACUUAAACAGGUGAAACAUGAUCAGCAAGUUGCUCGGAUGGAAAAACUGGCUGGCUUGGUGGAAGAGCUAGAGGCUGAUGAAUGGCGGUACAAACCCAUUGAACAGCUACUGGGGUUUACACCCUCCUCAGGCUGACAAUGCUGGGAUUACCUCUGGAAUACAAACAAGGGCAUAUUUAGGGAGGGUCUUUUCUGCACAGCCUCUGGAUCCAGGGUUUAGAGCUGCAUAUGAAAUGGUUUGCUCACAUUCACACUUGGUGCCUCUGUAAUAAACUAUAUUUCAUGUAAGCUGAAACACCUAUGGGGAAGAGGGGGAAAAAAAACACUACAAAUUAACUAGGUUAUCUUACAAGGGAGUAUUUUUCUUCCCUAGGAACCCACUGGAGAUUGGCUUAAGUGAGACAAUCAGUUUCAAAGAAUUGGAAGGUUUCCAUUUGGGGUUUGAGGGAUUUUUAGGAAACUUCACUCAACAAGUUGUGGAUGUGGCCAAAGUGGUCUGUUGAGAAGACUCCACAUUGUCAAUCAUUCUAGGAUUAGACCAUAUCACCAAGUCAAGGUCAGAAUAAAUAGGUGUGAAAGAUAGCAGUUCCUUUAGAAGAUAAAUGGGAUUAUAACCAGAAGAGCUCCAAAUGAAGAACAGAAAAAAAUGUUAGCCCUUAUUUUCUGUCAUUAGAUACAUCACCUUUUUAUGACAUGACCUUGUUGACUGCAUGCUGAAUGCUUGGAAAGGGACUUGCCAUUUUCAUGUUGGCACAGUGUAGAAAUGAAACAGCAGGAUCCUUUUAAACCCAGAAAUCUAGGGCCCUUCUCACUGCUGGAUUCAAGCUGUUCUGUGGCAAAGAAAUCCUUUCAAAGAGCUUCAAAUUGGUUUCUUUAUCCUUUCAAAGUCUCAGGGAUUUGAAAAGGGGGAGGAGGUUAAAUUGCUUUGUUGUCAGUGAGGAAACAAAACCAUUUCUCAUAAGCAAAUGAUGGUAUGUUUCACUGUUUGUGUGCAAAUGGAUGAAGUUUCUUCACCAAAGCCUGAAUAGGUUUCUUCUCCAGUGUUUAGGACAUCCUGAACAGGGACAGCUAGUCCUGUUAUUCCUCUUGAAGUCCCAGAGUUAUGUACAACAUUUUUGGACCAUGUGCAAAUUUUUGCCUUUUAGAAAGUGUCUUUGUUGUUUUAGGUUGGGUUCCUUUUUUUUUUUUUUAAUGACUUAACAACUGACCUACUUAGACCAAAUUAAUAAAUAAGUAAAAUCCUGGUA